CUGCGUAGCUCGCCAGAUUGAGAAAUAUAGACUACCAAUGGAGCGGGAAGUUUCGAUUUUAACCUUUAGAACUUGAACACCUGUAAAUGUGGAGUUUUUGAGAAUAUCGAUAAAAUUUAAAAGUUUUGAAAGUUUCUCAUACGUUUUGGAAAUUUAGUCUAAAAGUUUUGGAUUUCGGGUGAUUUAUCACUCAAGGUCAAGAGUUUAAGGAUUAUUGUUGGGCUCGGACUAUUGAGGAGAAUGGAUCAGUGAAGAUAAGCUGCGGCGUGAAAAUAACAAAUCAAAAUCUCUUUGAUAUUUUUGUUUUUUCUUGUUCAACCUUACAAAGCGAACGUCAGAAAAGAACAAAAGGAAGGUGUCACUUCCUUCGGUGAAAGUACUAUGUUUCUUGACCUGAGUGUUACUUUUGUUCUCAUAAGUGACUUUUUGAAACUGAUCAGUAGCCACAUCGAGUCCGGGUCAUUCUCUAUUUCCACAUCUUUCCUCAUAUUUUUAAUCUGCCUCAUCGUCACUGGAAUAUUUGCCUGGCGAACGACCUACAUUCCCGACCUCCCUCCGGUACCUCGGCCACCGUAUGUCAUUCAGAUCUCCUCUACUCCUACCCUAAAUAAUAACGGGGAGCACAACACGCUCGCAGAUGUCAGACUUUUGAGUAGUGGCGUGGAUGUGGACCAUUUUCGAAGAAACUUUGUUAUCACCCGUGGUGGCUCAGCUUCGGCUUCGUUGGACCGUCUAAGAUUAUCUGGUACACGAGUUUCUUCUACGGGCGGAAGUAACGGUACUAGUGCAGACUCCUCACAAAAUCAAAAUCAAGGAGUGGUUGGAGGAGGUGAGGUCCUUAACGGCGGCAGUGUGAAUCAGGGACGAACUCAGAUAAGUUAUCGUCAAACCAGAGUACACCAGCGGGCCGCCGCUGUAGGGCAAGCAACCUCAGGAGCAGCUUUGCUUCAAGGACUUCUUCGUCCGGGGUCAGUAAUUAGACCUCUUCUGCAACGGGCAGGUGGAGAAGGGAACCAAGUGAUUGUAUACCAUCGUGUAAACGUUUACCACCAUCAUCAUCACCAUCAUCAUUCCGAAAACGGUUCUCAAACAUCCACAGGAGUAGGAACAGCAGAGUCACUGCUUUCAUCAAGCCAAGUUUCUGUAGACCAAACUAUUUCCGAUCAACCACAAGCUGCGUUAUCUGUAACUGAUCCUAAUUUAAGCUCAAAUGAAAUAAUACCUGACCAGCAGCAAAGCAAUCGAUCUUCACGCUCUCACUCUGUGGAUUCUUCCACCCAGUAUGAAUACGUUGAUGCGAACGUGGACGAUACAGAGAGUUACGAACAAUUAAUCGAGAAUCCCAGUGGAGUAGAUGUACUGCUGAACGCAGAAGAAGUUAUUGAUUCAUCGUUAUCAUCCCCUAUUGAAGAGCACGGAGGAAUUAACGAAAAUCGAGGUCCGCAGGUUACAUCAGACGGUGGUGGACUGCGUCUCCGAAGAUCUACUGCUUAUUCGGAUAUUUCUUCUACCAAUAAUUCGACCUUGGUUGAAGAAACUUCUCAGACCACAGUACCAAUCACAAUGGAUAAAUCGGAGACUAAUCAAUCACCCCGACAGGAAAUCCCAGUGUCGUCUCCUGGAGUUGAAGAUAUUCGAUUCACAAUCAAGUUUCUAAAUGAUACCUCAUUGGAAGUGACUACACAGCCAGAGGAGAAGAUCCUCGACUUCAAAAGGCGACACUUUUCAACGGAGCUUUCCGAAAACAAGACGGUGAGACUGAUCUUUAACGGUCGUGUGUUGGACAACGACGCCUCGACCCUCAGAGAGUCUGGAAUAUUUGACCAGUGUGUGGUUCAUUGCCUCAUCGUGUCUCGACCUCCGCCCCCAUCUGCAAGUGGAAGUUCUGCCGGAAGUCGUGGCAGCAAUGACCGUGCCAAUAAUGGUGGGAUUUUAGGGGGAGGAGCGGCAGAUCCUGGACUUUUCUUUGUCGGUUUUCUUGGUGUGUUUUUAACAAUUUUGUGGGUCGUUUGUUUUAAUUGGGGAAGCCAUUUAUUCAGUCAGAGCGCUGUUAUAAGCCUUACCCUCCUCACCCUAAUCUUUGGGAUUGGAUUAGUCGCAUUUUAUCUUCCGGUCCAUCCUGCAAAUGCAGGAUAAAAAGAAUAUUCACGUAGCGAUAUUACACAAGACUUUGGGGGUCAAUCAAUAUGUUAGUAAUCGCUACCCCAGAAACUAUGAAUGAACCUUAGGAAUGAAUCAUUAGAUAAAAGGAAUUUGUAAGGAAAGCCUAGCCCAAACUUCAAACUUUUAUUUGUAAGUUUGACUUUGCUUUGAAAGAGUUCUAGUUGUUCGUUUUGCUUUAUUAAUUUGAGUAUCAACUAUUGCAUGUUCUGACCAAAUUUCUUAUAUAGCAAAUAAGCAUGAAUAUUGUUGGGUUGAUUUAACGUAAAAUAAUUAACCCUCUGCCUAUUGUAAUUCGCUUACAAUGCAUAUUAUAUAUACAUACUGUUAUAUCAUUUAGCUUUACAUAGCAUUGCUGCUACUGCAUCAAUAUGUGAUACAAUAGUUAAAGAACUGUACUUCAUCAUAUUUAUAAAUUCAGAGAACGUAAUAAUGAGGUGUAUACACAAAUCAGUCAAUCAAAUAAAUGUCAAAUUUAUUACUCUCUCUCUCUUUCUCUGUAAGCUUUAACUGAAGAAUUAUUAAACAAAUAAUUUUUUCUGAUUGUUUAUCGUAAAUUAUUCAUUAAUCGUAUUUAAAUUCUCGCAUUCGAGAUGUUCAACGGGAUGAACAAACGAAAAAAGUUAACUAUAAUAAAUAAAUACAAUAUAAUAA